AUGUGCCAGCUGCGGCUGGCUAAGGUGUUGAUGGAGUUCAAGGUACGGCCGCGCUCAUCUCGGAGCUGGCCGAACUGCGGCGAACGGCGGCUGCGGCAGCUGCACGACCACGAGAUCCAGCUGGUGGUGAAGCAGGGCCAGGUUGAGAUAGACCUGGGUGACUUCUGUCCCGACUUCACGGGCUCGGCACUGAUCCACCGCUCGCGGGUGGAGCUGCUCAACAAACAGAUCCUGGGCAUCGGCGGCAAGAAGCUGGAGGUGAUGCGGGACGCGCUGCGGUUCCGGCGCGGCAUCGUCAUGCAGCGCUGGGAGUACGAGCGCUGCCGCAUGACGCUGGAGGACCUGGUGCAGACACUGCGCGACAUCGACUUCAUGAAGGUGACUAGGGCCAUCCAGCAGUAUCUGUCGGAGGGCGGCGACACCACAGAGAAAAAGAUCGCCCGUCUGGAGCGACGGCUGGACAUCCUGUACCAGCGGCUGGCGCUCGAGGCGCGCGAGCUCAACGUCGACGUGUCCGAGCGCGAGCUGCUCUAUGACAUCCGCUGUAACCAUCAGCGGGCGUGGCAGGCGCGCCAGAGGCUGGACAACCUGCGCAAGAUCCGGGACCUGUGCGACAUCGCCGGCUUCCAGCAGCGCUACAUGACCAUGCUGCACAGUGAACUGCAGAGGAUGUACAGCAAGACGUUCCCCAUGCUGCACGCCAUCAACUGAACUGGAUCAUCCUUCGUCUUGCAGACGUGUGUCACGUGUGCAGAACAUUUAAAGUUGCAUUAUCUUUCUGUCUUUGUUUGCAUUCUGCUUGAUGUUAUGUGGGCGUUUUUAAUCAUGAUUCAAUCAGUAACAGGCGUUGUACUUCCCGUGGCUUGUCGACAGGUCAGUGGCAUGUGUGUUUGUAAAGUGUCCAAAUUGUAUAGCCUUAAAGGAUGAUAUAGAGACAAAGAUAUCGACAGUCUGAUAUUGUUCGUAGAUCAUUCAUGUAGCGAAUGUGUAAGCAUGUUUUUAUUUGGAUGUGUUAGAUAAUGACGCAACGCGCCAUGCUGCUCCAAAAUUACCGUCUUUAGUGGGGUGCAUGUGCUGAUCAAAUAAAUUACUGGAGACUU